AAGCCAAAUAUAUCAAAAAAAUAAAUAUAUUUAUUACACUUAUCAAUGAAUAGAAUUUAAGUUAAUUCUUAUAAUUCAUUGAAAUUGAAUUUUUUUUUAAUUAAAGGGAAUUGAAUUUUAUCGUAAAAAGUGUAAAUUUUUCUAAUGAAUCUAGAAGUUAAAUGGAUAAAUUUUCUAACAAGCUCCAUAAAACCCAUAUGAAAAAACACCAUCCAUCUCUUUGACAUUAGCAUUGGACAAUUCCUUUCAUCACAUAAUGAUCAUAGUUAGUGAUGCUCCUAUUCUUCCUUUUCAUAUUACCAAACACUCUUAAGGGAGGACAUUAUAAAUAUAUUGAUGUGUAAAUCUUUAGUUGAUCACCUUGGAAGUCCUAAUCAUAUUUGAAAAAUUAGAUUAAAAUAUCUAAAACGUGAGUCUCAGUUUCUUGACUUAAUUGGUUUCAGAAUUAUAAAAUCAUUAUAAUACAUAUCUUGAAGUUGUUAAAUUUUUAAUAUAAUAUUUGGCGAAGUGGGUGUUAUCUUUUGACUAUUCAAGCGGCUCAAUGCGCCAUGGCUUCCGCGUACCGAGUUUUAAUGGUUCCUGCAACAGAAGCUUGGAAAAUAAUUAAGCUGCUUAGUGACCACUGCAAACAUCAUUUCCAAUUUAAACACUAAAUUUGGAUUUGACAACCAAUUUUUAAACCGUUCCGGUAGAAGCUUCCGUUGCAAAAUUUCUUCCCCUUCUCCUUCACUUGGUCAAUUUCAGCCCAGUUCGGUUCAUUAACGUCAAGUUUGAUUUCCUCUUCCUUCUUCUUCGGUUAUAUGUAAACUUCUUUCAAGUUGUAUGUGAUCUCCAUCUCUCUAUGUUCCUGUGAAACUGGAACUUCAUCUCUUCCCAACCAUGUCUUUGAUUUUCAUCCUAACCAUAACCUUCGUCUGCUCUCCUUUUGUGUCUGCCACCGAUGAGCGAUAUCAGAACUGCAGCGCGAAAUUUGAUUGCGGAAACAUUACAAAUAUUGGCUAUCCUUUCUGGAGAUCUGACCGACCUGACUAUUGCGGCCACCCAAAGUUCUGGCUGAAUUGCACCGAUGAAGCGGCACUAAUCACCAUCCAGAAUUUAACUUACCAAGUGCUUGAAAUCGAUAGCGACGCACAUAUUUUGAAGAUCGCUAGAGAAGAUUACAUAGGAGACAUCUGUCCAGACCUCCUUAUCAACACCACCUUGGAUUCCUUUUUCAAUUACGCUUCCGAUGUUCAGAAUAUAACUCUAUGCUAUGGCUGCCCCAUGCUUUCAAUUCCGUUUCCGGGAGUUAUAGGGUUUUCCAAUCAGUUUACCUGUACGUUAAACAACACUGAACAGAGAGGUUUCUAUGUAACAAGGGAAGUUGACCUUGGAAACUUCAAUUCUACAAUAAUCGGCCUCUUGAAUUUGUGUGAAAAUAGGGUUAUUGUUCCUGCAACUCAAUCAGCCAUUGCGCCUGUGGAGAGAAGUCCAACAGAGGACAAUUUGGUUACAGCGCUGGAACAGGGCUUUGGGUUGCAGUGGGAUGUGAAUAAUGCCGUUUGCGAGACGUGUAAUUUGUCCAAAGGAAUGUGCGGUUAUAAUACGACUACUAGUUCAUUCGUUUGUUAUUGCGCUGAUCAGCCUGAGCAAUUCAGUUGUAGAGGAUCUACAGCAAAUCAACCCGAAUCAUCAGGGGGGAAAUCUAACAAAGUUGGACUUGGAGUAGGAAUCGGUAUAGCAGGUGCAGCAGCUAUUGGUAUUGGUUUAGGGUGUUGGUUCGUGCUUAUCAUACAACGCAGGAAAAGAAUUGCUGCCCAAACACAGACUAAAGACCUGCCCACACCUCCUUCAAGCAAAGGCCAAGCUGCUCCUAUUAUUAAUUUCUCGCAGGCCACUCCUUCUCAUCCCUCUUCAAAGUCUGACCUUGAAAAGGGAAGUGCCUACUUUGGAACUCAGGUAUUCAGCUAUGAAGAACUCGUUGAAGCCACAGACAAUUUCAAUCCUUCCAAGGAACUCGGUGGUGGAGGCUUUGGCACUGUUUAUUAUGGUGUUCUCAACGAUGGGCGUGGGGUUGCUGUCAAGCGUCUAUUCGAGAACAAUAUGAGGCGAGCUGAGCAGUUCAUGAAUGAAAUUGAGAUCCUAACUCGUCUAAGGCACAAGAACCUUGUGGCACUGUAUGGAUGCACCUCAAAACGUAGCCGAGAACUAAUCCUUGUCUAUGAAUACGUUCCUAAUGGAACUGUUGCUGAUCAUCUUCAUGGAAACCGGUCCAAGUCUGGUUUGCUCUCUUGGCCAGUUCGGUUGAGCAUUGCCAUAGAGACAGCUGAUGCCUUAGCUUAUCUCCAUGCUUCAGAUGUCAUACACCGUGAUGUCAAAACCAAUAACAUUCUGCUAGACAACAAUUUCAGAGUGAAAGUGGCUGAUUUCGGAUUGUCACGGCUGUUUCCCAAUGAUGUAACCCAUGUCUCAACUGCUCCACAAGGCACACCUGGCUAUGUUGAUCCAGAGUAUUAUCAGUGCUACCAACUCACAGACAAGAGCGAUGUUUACAGCUUUGGUGUGGUCUUGAUUGAGCUGAUAUCAUCUUUACAGGCAGUGGACACUAACAGGAGUAAGCUUGACAUCAAUUUGGCCAACAUGGCAGUCAACAAAAUCCAAAAUCAUGCAGUAACCGAGUUAGUAGAUCCAUGUCUUCGGUUCGAAAAGGAUUCUGCAGUGAGGAAGAUGGCAACAUCAGUUGCAGAAUUGGCUUUCCGUUGUCUGCAACAGGAGAAGGAUAUGAGGCCUACUAUGAGAGAAGUCUUAGAGGCAUUGAAAAGAAUUGAGAAAGAAAAUUGCGGAUCAGAAAAAGCAGAAAUCGUAGAUAUCAAGGAGGAUGAUGUUGGGCUUUUGAAUCAUGACCCUCCGUUUUCACCAGACUCAAUCGGGACGACUGACAAAUGGGUUAGCAGCUCUACCACCACUAAUACUACUAAUACUUCCUUCUAGUAGUUGAGAUUUUUCAUCAUUUUUUGUUUUCCUUAAAACCUGAAAAAAGGAAGUUGAAGUAUUGUACACUCACUAUCAAAUGCCAUUGAGUGGGUUGAAGUGCCAUGUUUUUCCAUUUGCCUUUUCUUUUUCUUUCCUUGUAGUCGUUGAUAGACUAGGUUCAGGCCAAUGUACAUAGUGAAUCAUCCAUAGCGGCUCUGUUCUUCUUCAGUGGAAUGUAUUAUAGAUCUUUAAUGGUUGCUUUGAAGAUAAUUUAUUGUCAGAGUUUGACUCGGAGAAGUCAUUUGUACU